CGCAGCUCACAAAAGAAAGAAGUAAACAACGUCGAUGGUAUUACUGUACUAAUACUGUACUAAAUUUGAAUUAGCUAGGGCCUACUUACUAUGAAUGAAAUCCAGGCUAUCUUUUUAUCAUAGAUAAUAAGCAUACGGCGGCGCUACUGCAUAGUUAAAGAAGCAUAACCAUGCCUAUAUUUGGAAACAAGUUUUCGCCUAAGAAGCCUAGUCCAAGGAAAAACUCUUCAUUGUCGAAUCUCAACUUAGAUCGAGCUACCCAGCAGUUAGAAUUUGGAAGAGAUUAUGGCCCAAUAAGACUUACACUUGGUGAUCACGAUUACAAUUUUGACAACGGGGAUUGGCAAGCAGAACGUGGACGGGGAGGUGCCAGUCAGAAGCAGACACUAAAGCUAGGCAGAGAAAACCAAAGUCUCAGGGAGGAGAAUAACCUACUCAAACUAAAGAUAGAAAUUCUGCUAGACAUGCUCGCUGAGACCACAUGUGAAGGACAUUUACAGGAGACAGAGAUCGAUGAACUCCAAGCACUCAUAAACACAAAAACGCGAACCAAGAAAAGGUGAUGCCAGCGUUAACAAGUACGAGGUCGCCUUGUUCAAUGUUUGGUUUCUGUUCUUGUGCUGCCAAUUUCAUGUCGUAGAAAUUAAAGUAAAAUUGUUUUUAUUUAUUAUAAAACAACUGUUUUUUUAAAAGUAGCACUUGUAGCCAAUAUUUCGUCAGUUUCCUAAAUGAGUGAUGUAUCCUCAUGGUAAAUAUGACAAAAUAAAUAAUUCUAUCUCUUAUAUUUUGUA